AACAGCUCUAGCACUAGGGCCAUGUGGAUUUGCUCAACAAAAAAAAAUAAAAACUUUCUUUUCUACAGCCUGUUGUAAGCAAUCAGAUGGGCAGAUAGACGCUCACACUCAAGUUGAGCAGGCACACCUACCCAGAGGUCUGAGAGCAAUGCUCCAGCCACAAGCGCUACAUCAAGGCAGACAGGCAGACGCAGGAAUUUCCCUCAGCACUGGCACCGACAGCGUGGGCACACCUGCCAGGGAACUACAUCUGGGAGCACUGAGCCUGCACGCCUCCUGGCCAUAACUCUGCGAAUGGACAGAACUGGCUCUGCGCACGCACACUGUACCGGCCAAAGGAGAUUUAUGAGGAGGAUACCUUUCUCCUAGGAUAGAAUAGUCCACAAAAUCGUAAGUGCUUCUGUGAAAUCCGGCUCUUGGUGCUAACCGAUUUGUGUGAGGCCCGGUUUUCAACGUGACCAUGCUGCGCUCUUUUGUGGCGUGGUCAGCGUGGGUGCUGCUGGCUGCCAGCUGGACACAUGUGGAGGCGCAGGGGCAGGAUGCUAACGCUAACCCCUGGAGACAGAUGAUCCAGUGGGAGAAUAAUGGGAGGGUGUUCAGCCUGCUGAACAGCGGGGCUGAGUACGUCCCCGCUAGAGGCCAGGAUCAGGACAGGAGUCACCGGGUGCUGCUGGCGGACACGCCUCCUCGUGCAGAACGCAGGCCCCAGGGCGGCAACGUGCGCCGGCAGGCGCCCCCCAGGAGCAGCUCUGAAACGGUGCGAGGUCAGACCAGACACCCCUUUGGAUUUGGGCAGGUCCCAGACAACUGGCGCCAAGGUGUGCUGGGCACAGGAGAUGCCAGCAGCCGCCUGCCGUCCUCUGGCACCCGUUACAGGCCGUCUACUGGUUCAUCAUCAUCAUCCUCAUCAUCAUCGUCUUUCCCCCAACCUCCUUUCAGCGGGCCAUCCUAUGCACAGUACCCCUAUCCACAACAGCCAUCCUAUCCUUUACCCUUUGAUCCCAGCAUUGGAGAAGGGCCUGGACCUGGCCUGGGGUACGAGCCUCCCUUCCAGAGGGGGACAGGAUAUUCAGGGGGCACAGGUGGAGGGUAUGCAGGAGGAGGAGGAGGAGGUUACACUGGUGGGGGGUACGGGGGUGGUGGCUACACAGGAGGUGGAUACAAUGGAGGGGGUUACGCUGGUGGAGGAUUAGGGCCAGUGGUACCACAGUCACCAUCGGACUAUGGUGAUGACAGUUACCGUUACUACCAACCGUAUGGCCAGCCUUACCAGCCUGCUCAACCUGCACUGCCUGCGCAGCCUGCUCAGCCUGCGCAGCCUGCCCAGCCCCCGUUUUCUGACAGCCUGGACCGCAGGUACACACACAGCCUGUACAACGAAGACACCUCAGGGCCUCUUCCAGACACCAACACAGCUGCUGCCGCCAAUCCCGCCGCCCCUCCCGUGGACAGGGUGGGACCGGCAGCGCAGACGCCAGUGCGGAGCCCCCAGUACGAACAGUUUCCCCCCUUCAGAAGAGUGCAGCCGCAGCCUCAGCCACAGCCCCCCUUCGUGCCCGUUCAGUCUGGCAGAAGCCCCCAGGCACCCAACACAGCAACAGACAACCAGUACGUCAGUGUUGGGAGCGUGUACCGGCCGGAGCAACGAGGCUUGCCUGAUCUGGUUCCCGACCCAAACUAUGUCCAGGCCUCUACUUAUGUCCAGCGGGCCCAUCUCUACUCCCUUCGCUGUGCAGCUGAAGAGAAAUGUUUGGCCAGCUCUGCCUAUGGAUCUGAGGCAACAGAUUACGAUGUGAGGGUCCUUCUGCGUUUCCCACAAAGGGUUAAAAACCAAGGAACAGCCGACUUCCUGCCAAACGCGUCAACCUGA